AGUCUCCAAAACCCAACAACUCCAUUGGCUCACGCCCUGGGGAUGCUGACUGCAUGUUGACAGGCUGCAUCCAAGUGAGCGCCGGGCAAGUGCGGAAACGGACUGAAACCGAACGUGGACGAGGACGAACACCUGCAAAGGUCGCGUUUUCUCAUGACUCAUACGACGCAUAACUUCUCACCGCAGUAUAUGGAGUCAGUCAAAGGCGAUCUGGUCAACGAGGAGGAGUUUGUGGAUAUAUUAGAGGAGAGGAGAAACAGCAGUGAUCUCGGCCAUGCCUUCAGGACUUUCAGCCCCCACCCCUACAAAGGAGCCCCCUCCUGCUCCACAGCUGACCAAAAGGCUGUGCUGGAGUCCCAGUAUCUCCGCUACAUGGCCAAGGAGAUCGCCACAGAGAUGGGGUCGUCGGUGGAGGAAGUGAGAGAGGAGGCGACAGGGAUUUUGGAGGAGAUGUCUCAAAACCUGCAGCUGGGGUUCAUCAGGCUGAUGGGCUACACUGUCAGCAAAAUGUCCAAGAGACUCUUCAGCAGCAUCAAUGUCAACAUGGAGGGACUCAACAGGCUCCAACAAGCAAUUCAAGAACACCCUGUAAUCCUGAUGCCCAAUCACAGGAGUUAUGCCGACUUCUUGGUUAUUUCCUACAUCCUGUUCACCUACGACAUCCCCGUACCAGUAAUUGCUGCAGGAAGUCCUCUUGCAGGGAUGAAGAUGGUGGGAGAGAUACUGCGUCGCUCUGGAGCUUUCUUUAUCCGACGUGCCAUUGGCUCUGACAAACUGUACUGGGCAGUGCUUUCAGAAUAUGUUAAAACCAUUGUCAGGACGGGAUUCGCUCCUGUGGAGUUUUAUGUGGAAGGCCUGCGGAGCCGCACACUGAAGUCUCUGACACCCAAGUUAGGUAUGAUGCACAUGGUGCUCGAGCCCUACUUUAAAGGGGAGGUGUUUGACGUCACGUUGGUGCCCAUCAGUAUCAGCUACGACAGAGUGCUGGAGGAAUCUCUGCUUGCUCAUGAGUUACUGGGUGUCCCAAAACCCAAAGAAAGCACCACGGGUCUGCUCAAAGCCACCAAAGUGCUGCAGGAAGAUUACGGCAGCAUGCACGUGAACUUUGGUCGCCCUCUGUCAGUCCGACAUUUGUGUCAGGGCAAGAUAAACCGCUGCCAGUACAACCUCAUACCCAGAGACCUCCCUCAGAAGCCCACUGCUGAGGCUCAGGCCUGCGUGAGUUGGCUGGCUCAUCUGGUGGUACGGAUCCAAGAGGAGGGCUCUCUGAUUAGCCCCUGGUCUCUGAUGGCCUGCCUGUUUCUCCAGGCUCCGACCACAGUCUUAACAGAGGAGGGCCUGCUGUGGCAGCAGCUCACAGAGAAAACACUCUGGCUCAGGAAACUGGCGCUGGAUUUUGGGGCUCGCUUGAACUGGCCUGAAAAAAUCCCUGACCUAGAUGUGAUGGCGUCCAGCGUGGCCCUUCAUCGCUCUAUAGUUCAACGUAAAGCAGGGCGUGUUUACCUGGUUCGGGAGGAAGAGCCUGCAGGGAAACGUCCAAUCAGCGCAGAGGAAGGUGCGUUCAGGACGGCUGCGGCGGUCCUGAUGAUGGCGUCCUAUAGGAAUCAGUGUCUGCAUCUUUUUGUGCGUCCUGCCAUGGUCGCUACCGCAAUACACAUCGCAAAGACAACACAGAGAGACAAGAUCUUCCCCUUCUUCUUCUUCCUACAAGACCUCUUCGCCAAUGAGUUCAUCUUCAUUCCUGGAAAGUCAUCUCAGGACUUUGAGGAGGCAUGCUUCUUCUUGAAGAAAUGUGCAGCCAUCGAUGUCAGUCAGCAGGAAGUGACGGUGUCAGACGCUGGGCAGGAGGUGCUCUCCUUCCUGCGAGCGCUUCUAAAACCCUUUAUAGACACUUACCAGGUGGUGUUUAGGUACCUUUGCGAAGAUGGAGUUCACUCCUUUUCUGAGAAACAGUCCCUACCUGCUGUGCGAAACCUGGCCACAAAGCUCAUCCUCUCAGGCGAACUCUACACCUAUGAAGCCCUCUCAUCUGAUACACAGAAAAACGUUCUGUCAGCUCUGCGAAGGUUGGAGAUUGUGACAAAGUCGAGGGUGUCGGAGCAGAAUGAAUUCAGAGUAAACAAAGACGCUGUUAGAAGAAUUGGAGACAUGCUCUCUGGGAAAAUCCCUCCACAGCCUCUCCAUGGUCCACCUGGCACAAGACUUUAGUCUCCGUUGGAACAGAGCCAUCUUCUGUAUCAGCUCACAGUCCUGCUAACCCAAGUUGACCCCGUUUCGUCCUUUCUGUGACCAUUUCUUUGCCCUCCUGUGCCUUGACAGAAGAUAUUUGUAGGGACGCUGAAUCUGAACUCUGCACUUAGACAAAGUACCUUUAUCCUAGAUGCCACGUACCAGACUUAAUCUGGCAGAAUUCCACUCUUGAACGUUUGCUCUGCACCUCCCUCAACCUUGUUCUUAUCCCUCACAGAUCUGACAGGGCUAAGAUUAAACCACAUGACCUGAUAUGGAGACUGAAAGGUCACAAAAUUCCACAGAUUCACACAAAGGCCCUUUUCCUCUGACAUCACCCUCUGGGUGGGAAGCUAUAUGCGGUUACAAUGUUGUACUGGGUUCCAAGUCAAAAAUCUUGUUAGAGAAUUUUAAGUUAAAAUCUGGAGGGACAUCAUGUUUGACCUGGUUUAACGACACAAUUACCCAAAAGCUACUUUGAGCCAUUUUAAAGCUAAUUUUGGUUAACUUUACAGUUAGCUAGCAAUCUGUAUCGUGUAAAACUAGGAAAAAGCUCAAUUUAAUUUAAUGUGUAAGUCAUUCUGCAGCUAGCCUUUUGUUAGCAAUUAAUUUAUUAUAAGCUAUUUUAACAGUUAGCUAUGAAUUUAUAACGUUUUUCAUUAUCAUAAAGUGUGUUAGACAGCAGCUAGGCUAUUGUUUACAAGUAACCUAUUUCUUGCUAACUUCACCAUAAAAGGAUUGUUGAUUGUUAAUGUAAGCUUUUAUCUAAUGUUACGUCGACGGCUUGUCUAAUGUCCUGCUCAGUUUUUAGCAUAGUUGCUGAUUUAUCUAUAGGAGCAGUUAAAUUAUAGACUUUUCUAAAUUCAUAUUAUUUGCAACAUUGAACACACAAUUAUGACUUAAACACGCCAUUUGAACUUCCAACCAUUAAUGUGAUAUCAGGGCUAAAUGGUUGCCUUUUGAAUGUGGUGAUUUUGCAAAUUAUGUAAAAUGGAUUGUAGUGGUUAGAUGAUCAGAAUUUGAUACAUGAACAAGUGAUGAUGAAUGUCCGAUAGAUACUUAGUUGAUUAUGCCUGGCAUUAAACUAAAUGAAUGAUCAAUAGAGCCCCUUAUGAUAAACUCAAUUGCAGAUAGUUAGUGCAAUUAUAUCGUAAAAACUGACAAUGACAUGUGAUUGUAUGUAAAAUAGCCUACAUUAACCAAAAACAAAUCUAAGUCAGGUAACAAUAAAUACCAUAACCCAUCAAAGA